AUGUUUACGUUGAGAACUUUGAAGCAAUCAGCUGGCCCAAUUGCCAGGAACGUAUUAACGAGAAAUACUAUUAAUUUGUCGGUCGCAUACAGAUUACCAAAAAAUCAUAUUCCAAAACAAUUUUCCAAUCAAGUUUUAUGUCAAUCCAGAUUAUACAGCGUCUUAAGUUCAUCACCAGGGGCUAAAUUAUAUAAAUACGAGAACAUCAAAGAGAUUGUUAAUAAUCCAUCAUCGCACCCAGAGUCUUUGAUUAUAGAUGUCAGAGAACCGGUUGAAUAUAAGGAUGGCCACAUUCCUAAUGCGAUUAAUAUCCCAUUCAAGUCAUCACCAGGUGCCUUAGACUUAAGCCCAGAAGAAUUCAAUGAGAACUUUGGUUUUGAUAAACCAAGCAAGGAUAAGGAAUUAAUUUUCUACUGCUUAGCUGGUGUUAGAUCGACUGCCGCAGAAGAAUUGGCUAAUACUUUUGGUUACAAGAAGAGAGGUAACUAUGUUGGUUCAUACGAGGACUGGGCAGCUAAGGAAAAUGCCAAACAUACUUAA